AUGCCUGCCACCCGCCAGGAUAAGAGAUCUUUAUCGCUGGUUCGGCACAGCACCACCGACGCUGUCUUGCAUAGUAAACUCAUAAACUGUGACACGAUCAGAGUGAUGCAGCAUAGGAUUCGGGUUAUCGGCAGCAGCGACACUCUCAUCACACAGCCGGACGAGCUGGUUCCCUUCCCAACCACGCCGGUGCCGGCUGCCGCUCGAUCACCGGCCUUUGUUGGAAUUGGACGCGGGCCGCGCGCCCGCACGGUAUGUUGCCGGGCUCCGCUGCUGGGCGGCGUGGGGCCGGCCGCCCCGCUGCCGGGCGACCGGUCCUUCAGGGACUCGGGCGCAAAUUUUCUGCGAGAUUUUUUGCAGAAAAAUCCUUGCCAUCCGGCAGCGGGGCGGUCCGGCUACUACCCGCUGCACCGUCCCCGCCACCCCGCUUCCCGGCCGCCACCCCGCUCUCCCGUUGCGCCGUCCCCGCCACCCUGGCCUUCCGCCGCCGGCGCCGCCCCUUGCCACCGCCGCGUCCUCCCCGCCACCCCGCUCCAAUCCGGUCGCCACGUCCGCCACGCCCCGGCUCGGCCCGUGCGGCGGGGCCCCUCCACCCCGCCUCCUCUCCGUCCCCAGCCGGCCCGGCCCUGGUCGACACAUCCGCCCCGCCGGCGGGCUCGCCACGCCGACGGCGCCGGCCACCCCGCCUCGGCCCGCGCGUCGGGGACCCUCCACCCCGCCUCCGCGCCGCUCACGGCCGGCCCCGGCGUCCCGACGCGCAACGCCCACGCCGCCAGGGUCACCACGGCGACGGCGCCGGCCACGCCCGCCCCGGGCCGCGCGCCAUGGAUCCUCCACCCUGCCUCCGUGCCGCUGCCGGCCUGCCCCGGCGUCCCGGCGCGCCACGCCCAUGCCGCCGGGCUCGCCACGGCGCCGGCCACGCCCGCCCCGUGA